UGAUGAGAUUAAAUCAAAUGCUAGUGUGUAAAUUAUUUUGUGCAAAUUUUUCUGAAGUAACCCUAAAGUCAUUGCGAAUGAUACCUAUGUCUCUCUUGUAUUUACUCCAGACUCCAGUCAGGGGAAGGCCAAAGUCUAUUUGAAGUUUAUGCGAUAGAUAUGCUGGAGAUUCUGCUAUAGCUGCAGUGACUUUUGAAUAGUAUACCUGCACCAUUUCGAAACAGCCUGUUAAAGUAUCAAAGCAUCAAACCAAUCAUGUAUGAAGUACAAUGUUCCUGUUGCUCAACACAGGCGGAUUAUUCCCAAAGGACCAUAACAUGCUCGAUGGGAUAUAUAGUUACGAUUGUGCUGGUGGGGCAUUAUCAAGUUUUUUCUUUUUGGAUAUUUACAAACAAUUGGUUAUUUUUCUUGGCCAACCACGGGUAGUUUCUUACUGUGUAGGACUAGUUAUACCAAUAGCUACAAAAGUUAACAAUCCAAGGACAAGACUUAAGAUAGAACUUGGAUUUUUUUUGAAAAAUGACACGGUUCGCAUAAAAUUUCAGGAGAAUGAUACUGUUUGAAAAGUAUUGGGAGAAUGAUACUGUUUGAAAAGUAUUGUUAUUCCCAAUCACAGUUUUAAAUAAAAUUUCCGUUUUGAAUCAUGAUUUUAAUCAUCAUGAAUCUUCAAAGUGUAGAUUUGAUGAAUGGUUUGAUGUAUCAUUGUCGUAGAAGAUAUAAAUAGAUUCAUCGUAGAAGAUAUAAAUAGAUUCAAAUGUCAAAUGUAUUAUUAUGUUGUAUUGUUUUUUUAGUUAUGAGUUUUUCUUAUUAUUAUUACUUUAAUUAUAAUUUUAAGUCAUUAAUUUACAGGUGAAUACAUGAGUAUCAUGAACAAAUUGUUUAAAAUUUCAAAUAAGCUAUUUACAUGUAAAAAAAUAUACAUUGUUAUGUUUCGUUAUUUUUAUUAUUAAUUAUCUUUAUAAUUAAUAAAUAAAAAUAAUAUUUAAAAAUAACACAUAUUAAUUUGGGAUUAUAAUUAACAAAAAAAUAAUAAUAUUAAAAUAUCAAGUUUAAGGUUUGGUGAAGAUUUAGUUUGAGGUUGGGGUUGUUUAGAGUUUGUUUUAUGUUAAAUUUAAGGUUGAGUUUAGGGUAAAAUCAUAUUGUAUGCAUUAUAACACAAAAGCUGCCAGCCUCUGUUUCAAAACUGAAGUUUCUACCUUUCUCCCCUCUCUGUUUUCCCAUCACAAACAGAAGUUAGAUUCCUGCUUUUUUAUUGAUGGAAUCACGAGCAACGUCCUGACUUGAAAAUCAUCAAUGAAACACGUGCGAGAUGGGCUGCACACCUGGCAAUUAACAAGACACUUUGCAGACCCUCCUCUUCAAUCACUGUCCUCUUCCGUUCUACCUGGCACCUGGCUUGCUUGAUUGUCUGUAAAAAUCCUUUCAUUGCAAGCUGCUCUCCAUGCAACUGAAACGGUUCCCUCUUUGGUUGUUUCUGUCUCUUUUUGGACAAGAACAAGUAUCCAAUACCUUGUGGCCGUGACAGAGGAUGGCAACCAAGAAGGAAAAGCUUCAGUUUCCACCACAGACUCAACCACAACAGCCAGGCAAAGAAUAUCCCAUGCACCCACUUCCACAACACAUCAACCCUGACUACAAGCCCUCUAACAAGCUUCAAGUUCACCAUUGUUCUGCACUUCAGUUUUUCUGUUUACUUAUCGUUUUCCAAUCGGAACAGCAGAUGAAAUACCUACUAUAUAUUCAAUUUCGUGGCAGGGAAAGGUUGCUCUGUUCGCUAUCAUUUUGCACUAGAGGGGCCUUUACAUAUGUGGAAGGCAUAGAGGAUAGAGAUAAGGUUGACGCCCUGAAGCUGAUACUUGGGGCAAUACCUUCAGACGUUAGCAUCGAAGAUAAUUGCAAGAGUGUUGUUGAUCAUGUAGUGCGCGAAUAUGGGCGGAUAGAUAUUCUGGUGAACAAUGCAGCUGUACAACAUUAUAGUACAACACUGGAAGAGGUCACCGAGGCUUGGCUUGAGAGGCUGUUUAGAACCAACAUCUUUGGUUACUUCUUCCUGACCAAGUGGUGUUAUUGUCAAUGCUUGAUAUUGCUUGCUGCUCUUUUGGCUCGCCAUGGAAGUAUGGUGGUUUAUUGCAGAAAUGACCGGUGAAGUGCGCUUGGCAAAUUACUAGGAGAGGUUGUAAAUUAGAUUUUCCCUUCUGUUUACAAAUCUAACGAAUUUGCACAAAACUAAAAUAAAUACUAAUCUAGAGGUCGGUUUGCUUUGAUCUUUCUUGUAUUUUCA